UGGUGAGGAGCUGGAUGAGGGAGAGACAGAGAAGGUGGAGUGUAGGCUAACGUUACAGACAGUACAGACACAGGAGCAGGCAGGGCUCUGAUUCUUCUCGGCCCGGCGGCUGUUGUGUACCUCUGCGCGAGGUAAACCGCAAUCUGGAUUACAAACCAGAGGGAGAAGAGAGGAGAGCGGGAACGACAGGAAUGAAAGAGGAAUAAUAAAGGAGAUAGCUGAUAGCUAAAGAAAAAGGGAGCGACAUUGCAAACGAGCAGCAGCAGAGGAGACAGACACCGGCCAGACGACCCGUUAGCACGGAUACAGGGAGGCAAAGAGGAGGAGGAAUUAAAGGGAGAAAGACUGAUAAAUAACACCAGAGAAGAGAGCCAUUAUCACAAGGCAGGCAUGGCAGAUGCAGAGCUGGACUUCCAGACAGGUGAUGCCGGGGCAUCCGCCACCUACCCCAUGCAGUGCUCGGCCCUGCGUAAAAAUGGCUUUGUUGUGCUGAAAGGCCGUCCCUGCAAGAUCGUCGAGAUGUCCACCUCCAAGACUGGCAAGCACGGCCACGCUAAGGUCCACUUGGUUGGUAUCGACAUCUUCUCUGGUAAGAAGUAUGAAGACAUCUGCCCUUCCACCCACAACAUGGACGUCCCCAACAUCAAGAGGAUGGAUUACCAGCUGAUUGGGAUCCAAGAUGGCUACCUGUCCCUGCUCCAGGACAGUGGGGAGGUGAGAGAGGACCUGAAGAUUCCUGAAGGAGACCUGGGCAAAGAGAUAGAGAGCAAGCACGAAGCCGGAGAGGAGAUCCUGAUCACCGUUCUAAAUGCAAUGGAUGAAGAAGCUGCAAUUGGCAUCAAAGCCUUGGGUAAAUAAGCCACUGCAGGUAAAUACAGAGCUACAGCUGUAUAGACAUGCAGCUAUCCUCUGACACACACACACCCCCCCAAACUACCGCCUGACCCAAGCCUGCCUGAAGAGGAGUGUGUGUUAUGUAAAAUUAUGUAUGCGUGUGUGUUUGGGUGUUGCACCACAAGCCACCAGCAUGUGCCAUGCCAGUGCAAGUGUGUGUGACGUCAUGUACAUUUACAAUUUAUUGUUCAUCAGUGGACCAAGGGGAAGGCAACUCCAGCCAACAAGGUCCGAGGCGGACGCGUCAUUUUAAAAUGUUAUUCACAAUUAUGCAUAUUCACUAUACUGGAAAUAUCCAUGUUUUUCCGUAUUAUUGCAUUGCAUAUUGACGUUUUUUGUGUAUAUACUUGUGUAAACAGGACAUAUUAGUGAUGAGCUGAAAUUUAAAGAUUUAUAAUUGACGAAAUGUAAUUAAUUCGAUGAGCGUAUUCAAAAUUUGAAGCCUGCAUGAAGUGAUGAGGAGUGUGCCACUAAGGAUUUGCCUACCCCCUUAAUGUACUUUUUGUUUCAUGUUAACACUAUUAUAAGCAUGUGUAUUAUUUUUAUGUAGCACUAUCAAAUUUAAAUGAAAGCUUAUGGUUCAUAUUGUAUUUUUGAGCAAUGUUUGUUAUUUUUCUGUGGGUUGCACUUCAUCUUACGGCCAGUUGCUUCCUGUAUUCCCUACAUCACUAAGAAACAGCUUGUAGCAUUGUUGUAAUUGUCGGGUCAAACUGUUUUAUGCACUUUCUCACUUGCAGACUUGUGGGCUGUAGUGUCCCAAAAAAAAAAUCUGUUUAAAACUGUUGGUUGUGCAAUGUUUCCUCUGCAGAGGCUAGUACAAACACUGUCUCAUUAAAAUAUGUUUCUCUUGUGUUCAUUUUUUUUCUUAAGCAUCUUCCUCCUCUGACUUUUCUUUCCUCUUUCUUCUCAUUCCUCCCCCUUGUAAUUCUGUUUCAGGGGCAAACCAGAUGCACUGGACCUGGGGAAAAGGAGGGGAUGUUGCCUCGUCAAUGCUAUUCUGCCUCUUUUUCGUUUUCCUCUUUCUUUUUGUCUUUGUUUUUCAUACUCUCUCUCUCCCUCACUCUGUUUUCUGACCCUCCUUUGAGAACUUGAAUAAAUAAUUGGAAACGGUAAACAAACAUUCUCUAUGUAUAUACACAUAAUAAAACCACAUUGGAGUGUGGACGUACAGGUGUAGAGAGAUGUACAGGAAGGUUUCUCGCUAAUGAUUGAGUAGGUCUACAAAUGUUCAGUAGCUACCAUCGAUGAAGGGAAAAAAAGGUGGUGAUAAUGUCACAACUGUUUUGUUUUUUAUAUAUGUUCCCGUUUUAUGAAGGGCUUCAACUCUGGAUCUGCAUUGUUCUGUUGAGGCUUGCUCAGCGUGUGUGCCGUACAGGAUUGAAUACAUCUUUUCUGUACAGCAGUUUUCUUUUAGCGAUUUCGUCUGAACAAGCCUUUCCCUCUGUUGUUUAUUUUAUCACCUGAAACUUGUCUAUUAAACAAAGGUUACCAACAUGGCA